CAAGGUCUGUGCUAAAGCCAGCCCAGCGGACUGUCGCCAGAAAGAACCAACGGGAAAGAGGUCAGAAGGAGCCAGAUCCGCCAGUGCCAGCCCUCUCGAGGGCUCCCUGGGGUCUCCCAGCGGGCGAGGACUGCAGGCUGCCCAGGCUAAACGUGCUGCGAGUCCCGCGGUUAGAGAGGCCGUGACCCUGGUACUCCCUCCCCGGCAGCCCCUGUGCGUGGAAACCCAGCCAAGGUCUGAUGGUGGAGGAGCGGAGCCUUGCCCUGGCUCUGGCUGUCCCAGGGGAGGAGGUGAAAUUCCUCAGCUCACCAAGACUGGCAACAAAAGCCUGAUCCCCUGGAACGCACCAGGCCUCACCGAGAGGGUCAGCCAUUGGAUCACAGGAACAGCCCUGGCCUGACUCACCCAACAUGGAGGAGGUAUCUGGGCGAGCUCCAUGUGAACACUUUGAGGCCAACAUGCUCACCCAGAACCACUGUCAAAACUGCUUCCACCCUGAGGAGGCCCAUCGAGCAAGAUACCAGGAGCUCAGGAGCCCUUCGGCUGCUGAGGUGCCCUACUGCGACCUGCCUCGAUGCCCACCAGUCCCUGAGGACCCACUUAGCUCCUCAACCUCCAGCUGCCAGCCUGUGGUGGACCCAGGCCUCAGGCCAGGCCCCAAGAGGGCCCCAUCCCCGUCAGCAGGGCUCCUGGAAGAGGGCCCCACAGCCACCCCCAGGAGCAGGACCCAGGAGCUUGAGGCGGCACCCUAUCUGCAGGGCCUGACCUCUCCCCUGCAAGGCAGCAGCAACGAGAACCCCAGCUGUGACCCCAGCUCCAGCCCUGACUCUGCCACCCCUGAUGAUACCAGCAGCUCGUCCUUUGUGGACUGGGACAUUGCCGAGAGGCAGGAGGAGGCCCUCAGCUGGGACGAGCUCGAAGUGAUGAUCCCGAGGCAGCCUCAGGAUGGGCCGAGAGCCUACAGCUCCCAACGGGCUCCAUCUCUCCUCACCAGAUCCUCUGUGAGAGGAGAUGCUGCAGGCCAGAAAAAGGAGGACACCGGCGGUGGGGGCCGGAGCGCAGGACAGCACUGGGCAAAGCUCCGGGGAGAAAGCGGGUACUUCUCCCUGGGGCAGCACCGGUCACCACUGACCCAGGCUUCCUCCAUGACACCACACAGUGGACCUCGAAGCACCACCCCCCAGACUUCCCCUGGCCAAAGGGACAGUGCCCAGGCUGUCUCUACACAGCCUGACACCGCCCGAGCCUCCUCUCCCCACCAAAUCACCCAAAGGGAUGGCCCCGGGGCCUCAUCCACACAGCAGGAUACCUCCAGGGCCUCAUCCACACGGCGGAACACCCCCAGAGCUUCCGCUCCCUCACGAAGCACCCAACAGGAUAACCCCAGAACCUCAUCUAACCAACAAAAUAAUCCUCAACUUUCUUCUCCCCUAAGAGCCACCCAACAAGAUAACCCCAAAACCUCUUUUACUCAGCAGGACAACCCCCAAACUUCUUUUCCUGCUUGUACUCCCCAGCAGGAAAACCCCAGAACACCCUGUGCCCAACAAGACAAUCCCAGACCUUCCUCUCCCAACAGAACUACCCAACGAGAGAAUCGCAGAACGGCCUGUGCCCAGCGGGACAAUCCCAGAGCCUCCUCUCCCAUCAGAGACAACCCCAGAACACCCUGUGCCCAGCGGGACAAUCCCAGAGCCUCCUCUCCCAUCAGAGACAACCCCAGAACACCCUGUGCCCAGCGAGACAAUCCCAGAGCCUCCUCUCCCAUCAGAGACAACCCCAGAACACCCUGUGCCCAGCGGGACAAUCCCAGAGCCUCCUCUCCCAUCAGAGACAACCCCAGAACACCCUGUGCCCAGCGGGACAAUCCCAGAGCCUCCUCUCCCAACAGAGCCACCCAACGGGACAAUCCCAGAGCCUCAUCUCCCAUCAGAGACAACCCCAGAACACAAUAUGCCCAACGGGACGAUCUCAGAGCCUCAUCUCCCAACAGAACCACUCAACGGGACAACCUCAGAACACCCUGUGCCCAACGGGACAACCCCAGAGCCUCAUCUCCCAACAGAACCACCCAGCGGGACAAUCCCAGAACACCCUGUGCCCAUCGAGACAAUCCCAGAGCCUCCUCUCCCAUCAGAGCCACCCAACGGGACAACCUCAGAACACCCUGUGCCCAGCGGGACGAUCUCCGAGCCUCAUCUCCCAACAGAACCACCCAGCGGGACAAUCCCAGAACACCCUGUGCCCAACGAGACAAUCCCAGAGUCUCCUCUUCCAUCAGAGCAACCCAACGGGACGAUCUCAGAACCUCCUCUCCCAACAGAACCACCCAACGAGACAACCCCAGAACACCCUGUGCCCAGCGGGACAAUCCCAGAGCCUCUUCUCCCAUCAGAGCCACCCAAAGGGACAACCCCAGAACUUGUAUUCAACAGAACACCCCCAGAUCAUCUUCUACCCAACAAGACAACCCUAAAACUUCUUCUACCAAAUGGGAUAGCCUCAGACUCACUUGUACACGACGGGACCACACACACUCCCUUUCCUUUCAACCAGACAACCCUGGAAGCUCCUCUCAGUACUGCACCCAAAAGGAGAAUCUGAGACCAUCAUCUCCCCACCGCUCCACUCAACGGAACACUCCCAGGAAUUCGUCUCCCCAUCGGAUUAACAAAGACAUCCCCUGGGCCUCCUUUCCCCUCCGGCCAACUCAGAGUGAUGGUCCCCGAACCUCUUCCCCAUCUCGCUCCAAGCAAAGCGAGGUUCCCUGGGCGUCCAUUGCCCUCCGGCCAACCCAAGGUGACAGGCCUCAGACUUCAUCUCCCAGUCGGCCAGCCCAGCAUGACCCACCCCAGUCCUCCUCUGGCCCCACCCAGUACAACUUGCCCUCACGGGCCACCUCUUCCUCCCAUAACCCAGGCCACCAGAGCACCUCCCGGACUUCCUCGCCUCUGUACCCCGCUACCUGUGGGGCUCCCCUGACCUCUUCUGAGCCCUCCCAGCCUCCCUGUGCUGUGUGCAUUGGGCACCGGGAUGCCCCCCGAGCGUCCUCGCCCCCUCGCUAUCUGCAGCACGACCCCUUCCCCUUCUUCCCAGAGCCUAGCGUCCCUGAGAGUGAAUCGCCCCACCAUGAGCCUCCCUAUAUCCCACCUGCCGUGUGCAUUGGACACCGAGAUGCACCCCGAGCAUCCUCGCCCCCUCGCCACACCCAAUUUGACCCCUUCCCCUUCCUCCCAGACAUGUCAGACGCUGAGCGUCAGUGUCAGUCCCCCCAGCACGAGCCCCUUCAGCUCCCCCAACCUGUGUGUAUUGGGUACCGAGACGCACCCCGGGCCUCCUCCCCACCACGCCAGGCCCCAGAGCCUUCCCUCUUAUUCCAGGACCUCCCCAGGGCCAGCACCGAGAGCCUUGUCCCUUCCAUGGACUCUCUGCACGAGCCCCCCCACAUCCCCGCCCCCGUGUGCAUCGGACACCGGGAUGCACCCGCCUUCUCGUCCCCACCACGCCAGGCUCCUGAGCCAUCCCUCUUCUUCCAGGAUCCCCCUGGAACUAGCAUGGAGAGCCUGGCCCCCUCCACUGACUCUCUGCAUGGCUCCCCAGUGCUGAUCCCCCAAGUGUGCAUCGGGCACCGAGAUGCACCCCGAGCCUCCUCCCCACCCCGCCACCCGCCCAGUGACCUAGUGUUCCUGGCACCCUCACCUUCUCCAGGCAGCUCCGGGGGCUCCCGGGGCUCAGCGCCUCCUGGGGAGACGAGGCACAACCUGGAGCGGGAAGAGUACACCGUGCUGGCCAACUUGCCCCCACCCAGGAGGCUGGCACAGAGACAGCCAGGGCCCCAGGCACAAAGCAGCAUCGGCGGCCGCAAACGCAGCCCUGGCCGUGCGGAGGUGGAGCGCCUCUUCGGGCAGGAGCGCAGGAAGUCCGAGGCAGCGGGGGCCUUCCAGACCCGGGACGAGGGACGGUCACAGCGGCCCAGCCAAGGCCAGAGCCAACUUCUCCGAAGACAGUCCAGCCCUGCCCCCAGCAGGCAGGUGACCAAGCCCCCUGCCAAACAAGCAGAACCGGCCCAGCAGAGCCGAGCAGAGCCCCCUCGUCCUCGAAGUCCUGAGAAGAGACCGGAUGGAGAUCGGUGGUUCCAGGGGUCCCCGCCGUCCCCCAGGACAUCAGCCAGGACCCCUGAGAGGGAGCUGCGGACACAGAGACCUCUGGAGAGUGGCCGAGCGGAUACAAGACAGCCUCUGGGGGUGUGGCAGAGUCAGGAGGAGCCGCCAGGGUCCCAGGGCCCUCACAGACACCUGGAAAGGAGCUGGAGUGGCCAGGAGGGAGGCCUGGGCCCUGGGGGCUGGCGGCGAUGUGGGGAGCCCAGUCUGGGGGCGGCCAGAGCCUCAGAGGGAACAUGGGGGGGCCCUCCCAGAGAGUACCAGGAGAGCUGGGGGCAGUCAGAGACCUGGGAGGAGAAGUCCACCCAUGAGGCCCCCAGAGAACGAGGGAAAAGCAGUUCACCCGUGAGCACCCCAGAGAGCUGGGGAGGCCCUGCAGAGACCUCGCAAUCCUGGCAGCCUGGGUCACCCACCGCCGUGGGCCGGGGGGCAGAGGGAGCUUGUCCAUACCCACAUGGCCCUGAGAGGCAACCCGAGCUUGACUGGAGGGACCUGCUGGGCCUUCUCCGGGCACCAGGAGAUGGGGCCUGGGCCCGUCUCCCCAGGCUGGACUGGGAGGGCCUCUUGGAGCUCCUGCAGGCCAGGCUGCCCCACAAGGACCCAGCUGGACACAGGGGUGACCCGGCCAGGGCUUCAGGGCCAGAGCCGGGUCCCCCAGGCACAAAAGAUGCCCCCGAGCAGGAUCCACACAGCCAGCCAGAAGGCCAGGCUGAGGCCACCCCAGUCGAUGGAUACAGCGCUGCACUACGGCCCCAGGGCCCCGCCCAGCCUCCCAGCCCUACCUGCACCUCCACCCAGUGGCCAAAGACCAAAGUGACAAGAGGACCGGCGACUGCAACUCUGACCAGCCUGGAGCAGAUGGGCCCCCUGGGGAGCAGGAGCCCUGCAGAGAGCCCCAGCUUGCCAGAGCUGCAGUUCCCACCAGAGGAGCCUGAGAAGUCAGAACCAAGCAGAGGCCAAGACCCCCUGACUGACCAGAAGCAGGCCGACUCGGCAGACAAGAGGCCAGCAGAGGGCAAGGCUGGGAGCCCGCUCAAGGGCCGACUGGUGACCUCAUGGCGGAUGCCCGGGGACCGGCCCACGCUGUUCAAUCCGUUCCUGCUGUCUCUGGGGGUCCUCAGGUGGCGAAGGCCCGAUCUGCUCAACUUCAAGAAGGGAUGGAUGUCAAUCUUGGAUGAGCCUGGAGAGCCUCCCUCCCCCUCGCUCACCACCACCUCUACUUCGCAGUGGAAGAAGCAUUGGUUUGUGCUGACAGAUUCAAGCCUCAAAUAUUACAGAGACUCCACUGCUGAGGAGGCAGAUGAGCUGGACGGCGAGAUCGACCUGCGCUCCUGCACGGACGUCACUGAGUAUGCGGUGCAGCGCAACUACGGCUUCCAGAUCCACACCAAGGAUGCUGUCUAUACCUUGUCGGCCAUGACCUCAGGCAUCCGGCGGAACUGGAUUGAGGCUCUGAGAAAGACCGUGCGUCCAACCUCAGCCCCAGAUGUCACCAAGCUCUCGGACUCUAAUAAGGAGAAUGCGCUACACAGCUACAGCACCCAGAAGGGCCCCCUGAAGGCAGGGCAGCAGCGGGCAGGCUCUGAGGUCAUCAGCCGAGGUGGCCCUCGGAAGGCGGACGGGCAGCGGCAGGCCCUGGACUACGUGGAGCUCUCCCCGCUGACCCAGGCCUCCCCGCAGCGGGCCCGCACCUCGGCCCGUGCUCCCGACCGCCUGGCCAAGCAGGAGGAGCUGGAGCGGGACCUGGCCCAGCGCUCCGAGGAGCGGCGCAAGUGGUUCGAGGCCACAGACAGCAGGGCCCCAGAGGUGCCCGCUGGUGAGGGGCCACGCCGGGGCCUGGGUGCCCCCCUGACUGAGGACCAGCAGAGCCGGCUCAGUGAGGAGAUCGAGAAGAAGUGGCAGGAGCUGGAGAAGCUGCCUCUGCGGGAGAAUAAGCGGGUGCCACUCACUGCCCUGCUCAACCAGAGCCGUGGAGAGCGCCGGGGACCCCAAAGUGACAGCCAUGAGGCACUGGAGAAAGAGGUUCAGGCUCUUCGGGCCCAGCUGGAGGCAUGGCGUCUCCAAGGGGAGGCUCCUCAGAGUAUACCGAGAUCCCAGGAGGACGGCCCCAUCCCCCCUGGCUACAUCUCACAGGAGGCAUGUGAGCGCAGCCUGGCAGAGAUGGAGUCCUCACACCAGCAGGUGAUGGAGGAGCUGCAGCGGCACCACGAGCGAGAACUGCAGCGACUACAGCAGGAGAAGGAGUGGCUCCUGGCCGAGGAGACAGCAGCCACGGCCUCAGCCAUUGAAGCCAUGAAGAAGGCCUACCAGGAAGAGCUGAGCCGAGAGCUGAGCAAAACACGGAGUCUCCAGCAGGGCCCAGAUGGCCUCCGGAAGCAGCACCAGUCAGAUGUGGACGCACUGAAGCGGGAGCUGCAGGUGCUAUCUGAGCAGUACUCACAGAAGUGCCUAGAGAUCGGGGCGCUGACUCGGCAGGCUGAGGAGCGCGAGCACACCUUGCGCCGCUGCCAGCAGGAGGGCCAGGAGCUGCUACGCCACAACCAGGAGCUGCAUGCCCGCCUGUCAGAGGAGAUAGACCGGCUGCGCAGCUUCAUCGCCUCGCAGGGCAUGGGCAACGGCUGCGGGCGCAGCAACGAGCGGAGCUCCUGUGAGCUAGAGGUGCUGCUUCGAGUAAAGGAGAAUGAGCUCCAGUACCUGAAGAAGGAGGUGCAGUGCCUCCGCGACGAGCUCCGGCUGAUGCAGGAGGACAAGCGCUUCACCUCGGGAAAGUACCAGGACGUCUACGUGGAGCUGAGCCACAUCAAGACGCGGUCGGAACGGGAGAUCGAGCAGCUGAAGGAGCACCUGCGCCUUGCCAUGGCCGCCCUGCAGGAGAAGGAGGCCGUGCGCAACAGCCUGGCUGAGUAGAGGUCCUGCCCAGCUGCAGACCCUCCAGCCUGGAGGAGCAGCCACCCUCCUUCCCUGCUGGAUGGAAGUCCAAAGCCAAGCUUUCUUCCCACCCUCUGUGGGCCACACAUGCACUCGCACCCACCAAACACACACACAGACACACACGGACACACACACACACUGCGUAUCUGAGCGCGCCCCUCGCACUGGGUCUUGCACCUUCUUCAGGAUUUUAUAUGUGAAAAGAUUUUUAUAUAGAUUUUUUUCCUUUUUUUCCAAAACACUUUAUACUUUAAAAAAAGCAAAAAGCAAUUCCUGGUGGCUGUGUGCCUCCAACCCUGGUCCCCCGCUCUGUCUCCAGCCACCCUCUUCUUGGGCUUCUGGGCUGGUGUCCCUGACCCAGGGGUCUGGCGGAGGCCCAGGCAGCAGCGGCCACAGCGAGCUGUCUCUGCAGGGGAGAGGCAGGAGCCCACCACCCUCUUCCCACCCUACCUCCUACUAACACUUCCUGCCCCACAUGGCCCAUACUGUGGGGCUCGGGACAGAGGGAGCCAGCAGCCGGCCUCAUGGCCCCACAGCCUCCUCUGAGGCCAUGCCAUGCAAAAGGUGUUUCUCUCCUGCUCCCUGAACCUCUUAACUUAAUAAAACGUUCCAGCAGC